AAUUCCAUUGACCCCAAAAGCCUUUCCAACAAACUAUAGAAGGAAAAAAAAUUCUCAUAAAAUACUACUAUAGCAAAAAUGGCAAUGUUUUCUGAGCUUUGUUUUCCUCUUUUUCUUCUUAUUCUUCUACCAAACACAGCCUUAUCACAAACAACCAACAACAUAACAGUAGGCACAACACUCACAGCAACAGACAACUCAUCACCAUGGCUCUCACCCUCAACCGAAUUCGCAUUUGGUUUUCAAAAGAUCAAAAACCAAAACGAUCACUUUUUGCUCUCUAUAUGGUAUGCAAACAUACCAGACAAAACAAUUGUCUGGUAUGCUUUUAAAACAAACUCCUCGGCUGUAGUGCCGAGGGGGUCCCAGGUCAACCUGACAGCUGACCGGGGACUUGUAUUGGUUGAUCCUCAAGGAAAAGAGGUAUGGAGUUCGGAGAUAGUAAGCGGAGAAGCUUCUCACGCUGUUAUGCAAGACGAAGGAAACUUUGUGAUCUUCGGGUCUGAAAAGCUUUGGGAGAGCUUUGAUCACCCGAGUGAUACGCUUUUGCCCGGUCAGAGUUUGAGCCGCGGAGAGGGGCUUUUGAGUCGUUGGAGGGAGAAUGUGUUUUCGAAAGGGAGAUUUGAGUUGAAGUUGCAGCAAGAUGGAAAUUUGGUGUUGUAUUCUGUGAAUUUACCUACUCGAAAUGAUAAUAGGCCUUAUUAUGCUAGUAAUACUGAUGAAGGGAGUAACUCUUCCACUGCUGGAAACCAGUUGGUGUUCAAUGAGACAGGCAAUCUAUAUCUCUUGAGAGUAAAUAAUCGAAGAUUAAAUGUAGGUAGUGAGAACUUGGUCUCAGUCUCAGCAACAGACAACUAUAUAAGAGUUACUCUUGAGUUUGAUGGUGUUUUCACUAAAUAUUAUCUUCCCAAGAGAUCCAAUAGGGAUGGGAAAUGGACUGUUCUUUGGUCCAUACCCGAAAACAUAUGCCACGACUCUAUUCUCCCAUCCGGUGAUGGUGUUUGUGGACACAAUAGUAUUUGUACUCUCAAUGAAGAUUCAAGACCAACAUGUCAAUGCCCAAAAAAGUACUCUUUUGUUGAUCCCAAUGAUGAAUAUGGAAGCUGCAAACCCGAUUUCAUUCAAGGCUGCGCUGAAGACGAGCUUACUCACAAGCUUAAUCCCAACAUAGAAGAUCUCUAUGAUGUUGAGGAGCUUCCCAAUGUAGAUUGGCCCUUAUCAGCUUAUGUGGCAUUGAGGCCUAUUAAUGGAGACGAUUGCAAAGAUUCUUGCUUGAAAGAUUGUUUGUGUGCUGUUUCUAUCUUUAGAGAAGGAUCAUGUUGGAAGAAGAAGCUCCCUCUCUCGAAUGGCAUGUUCGACGCAAGUCUUAACUCAAGGGCGUUUAUCAAAAUUCUUAAAGACAAUAUCACCUUAGAUGGAAUUCCUUAUGUAGAAGAAGAGAAGAGGAAAAAACAAGACAAGUUGAUCAGAGUUGGUGCAGCUCUUUUGGGUACAUCGGUUUUGGUGUUGGCAGCCACAGUUUGUGUAGGAUUCUUCUUCAUACGCAAAAAGAAGAGUAGUAGAAGUAAAAAGAUUUCAUCCCCAAAAAACAUACCUGACUUCAAUUUGCGUAGCUUCACUUAUGAAGAGCUUGAGAAAGCCACAAAUGAGUUUAGAGAUGAGUUGGGAAGAGGAGCUUUCGGAACUGUUUAUAAAGGGAUAUUGGAUAUGGAUUCAAGUGUCAUUGUAAUAGCAGUUAAGAAGCUAAAUUUUUUGGUAGCUGAGACUGAGAAAGAGUUCAAAAAUGAAGUCAAUGUAAUAGCUCAAACACAUCACAAGAAUCUUGUUCGGUUACUUGGUUACUGCAAUGAUGGACAGAAUCGUUUGCUGGUGUAUGAGUACCUGCAAAAUGGGACACUGGCAAAAUUUGCAUUUGGAGACUUAAAACCGAAUUGGAAGCAAAGAGUUGGAAUCGCUUUAGACAUAGCGAAAGGACUAUUGUAUUUACAUGAGGAGUGCAAUACACAGAUCAUCCAUUGCGAUAUAAAGCCUCAGAACAUACUUCUUGAUGAGUACAACAAUGCCAAGAUAUCAGAUUUCGGUUUGGCUAAGCCUUUGAUGAUGAAUCAAAGCCAAACAAACACAGCCAUUAGAGGAACAAAAGGGUAUGUUGCACCUGAAUGGUUUAGGAGUAUGCCCAUUACUUCGAAAGUCGAUGUGUAUAGCUUUGGAGUUGUACUACUUGAGAUUGUUUGUUGUAGAAAAAAUGUUGAUAUGGAGAUUGGUGAGGAAGGGAAAGAGAUCUUGACAGAUUGGGCUUAUGAUUGCUUCACAGAAGGGUCAUUAGAUAUGCUUGUUGAUUAUGAAGUUGAUGCUUUAAAUGAUAGGAAGAAGUUGGAGAGUUAUGUGAAGGUGUCAAUGUGGUGUAUUCAAGAGAAUCCAUGUCUUAGGCCUAAUAUGAGGAAGGUUGUUCAAAUGCUUGAAGGAGUUGUUGAAGUAGAAGAUCCACCUUCUCCAUUGCCUUAUUCCAUUACCACUACAAUUUGAAGCAAUCUCUCUUUUUUAGUCAAUUAAUGUAUUGUUAAUUGUAAUGAUUAUCUGACUAAAGAUGGUUUGGUAUUUUUAGAAAAUAACUAUAGUAACUAGUUGGUGAAACUAUCUUCUGCCUAGUAUACUUCAAGAUACAAAGAUGGCAGUCCACUAUAAAAGCAUAGAAUUGGCCACAUCGAUUAUCAUUACAAUAUGUAGGCUUUUAUGAGUAUUUUUAUUGUGCAUUAAUGGUAUCAAUCACAUUCAACACGUGUUAUCUUGCAA